AUGCAAAGUGAAAUUGAUGCUCUUCUUUCAUCACCCUUUAUUUGGAACUAUGGAACUAUCUUGAAUAAUGCUGCUGCCUCAAAACACUUCACAGGACAGGAAAUGAAGUUGCUUGAGGUAUUCUCUUACGGCGCAUAUAAUGACUAUGUUAAUAAUCAUCCUUCAUUGCCGCAACUUCUGCCCUCUGCAACCCUCAAGCUUCGUGAAUUGACAUUACUCAAAUGCAUCAAAAAACAUUUUACAACGUACUCAAAUCGCAUAUCCUACUCUAUUCUUCUAGAUGCUAUAGGGCUUCCCAGUGACGAAGUUGUUCUAUUAGAAAACUCCUUGAAGCAUCUAAUAUACCAGCGACUUAUUCAAGGAAAGCUUGAUGAGGUUUCGCAGUGUUUGAAGGUUACAGAGAUGAAUUUCAUGGAGGAUAUACAUUCUGGCGAAGUUGAUCUACAAGUUUUAAAUCCUAAGGAAGUUAAAAAUGUCUGCUAUUUAUUAAGCGCAUUGGAAGAAUUCAAGAUAAAAGUAACGAAACAUGCUUCUCAAGUGUUGGAAAUUCGCGAGGGGGUAGACAAUUUGGAAAUCAAUGAUGAGCCACUUAGUGAAUCAAAUGCAGAACAAACCCCUGUUGAGCGCACAUCAAAGAAACGCAAACAGGGCGAAUAA